AUGGGGGAUGGGGGGGACGGGGCCUCAUGUGCUAUAACGGGUCACAAGGUGGCUGUUAAGGCGUACGUCAAGUCUGCCCUAAGCGCCCUGGAUAGGCACAGGAUCAACCGGGAGGUGGCGCUACUGAUGACACUUAAUCACGAGCACAUAAUCCAGUGGUUGGGUCACUUCGAGGACCCUCAGUGCGUGUACAUAGUGCAGGAGUGGGCGACAGGGGGGGACCUGUUUGAGGAGCUGAGGGCGAGCGGGGGGCACAUGGGGGAGGCGCGCAUAGCCAAGCACAUCCUGCUGCCGCUGCUGUCCGCCCUGCACCACAUGCACAGCAGGGGGAUCGUGCAUCGGGAUUUGAAACCAGAGAAUUUACUUCUCACCUUCCACGGUACUCUCAAGGUGUGUGACUUCGGUCUGGCCAUCAACAUGAAGGAAGAGCGCCCAGCCAGCCGCCUGGGCACCCUCCAGUACAUGGCGCCUGAGGUGGUGCAGAUGGCACGGGGGCAGCGCGGGCGAGGGGGGCACGGGGGGAGGGGCAAGGUGGAGGAGAAGAAGGGGGGAGCAGCAGGGCUGGGGCAGGUGGUGGGUAGCGCUGGUGGCGCGGGUGGCGCUGUUAGUGGUGCUGAAGGUAAAAAUGGCACUUCUCCGAUGCUUGAAGGAGCGUACGAUGAGAAGGUGGACAUCUGGGCAUGUGGAGUGCUGGUGUACGAGCUGGUGAUGGGACAUCCGCCCUUUGAGGGAGCAUCCGACAUGCACACAGCCACCAACAUCAUGCACCGGGAGCUCGUGCCUGAUGCGCUGCCCGCUGCCAUGUCACCUGCAUGCAAGGACUUCAUCUGCCGAGUGAGUGAUGUGUGCAAUGUCCCUUUUCCUUUGAGGGGGCAUCAGACAUGCACACAGCAACCAACAUCAUGCACCGGGAGCUAG